CAUAGCUGAGCCCAGCCUCCUCCCUCACGCCGAGGCAUCUGCCAGAGUCCCAGGCUAGAGAACCAGCUUCCUUGCCACCGAAUCGCUGCUCUGCAGAAGCCCCAGUGAGGACCAUGUCCCUGUUUCCAUCCCUCCCUCUCCUUCUCCUGAGUGUGGUGGCAGCAUGUUACUCAGAAAUUGUAACCUCUGAGGACAUCCAAAAGACCUGCCCUGUGAUUGCCUGUGGUACUCCAGGCAUAAACGGCUUCCCAGGCAAAGACGGACGCGAUGGUAUCAAGGGAGAAAAGGGAGAACCAGGCCAAGGGCUCAGAGGCUUGCAGGGCCCUCCUGGAAAGGUUGGGCCUCCAGGAAACUCAGGGCCCCCUGGGUUACCAGGAGCAAAGGGCCAAAAAGGAGACCCUGGAAAAAGUCCAGAUUGUGAUUGUAGGGCGGCUGCUUCAGAAAGAGAAGCUCUGCGAUUAAAAUUGGAUCGUAUCAACCAGUGGCUGACCUUCUCUCUGGGCAAACAAGUUGGGCAGAAGAUCUUCUUGACCAACGGUGAAGCGAUGACCUUUGACAGAGUGAAGGUUCUAUGUGCCCAAUUGCAGGGCUCUGUGGCCACCCCCAGAAAUGCUGAAGAGAACACGGCCAUCCAGAAUCUAGUCAAGGAAGAUGCCUUCCUGGGCAUCACAGACAAGAAGACAGAAGGCCAGUUUGUGGAUCUGACAGGAAAUAGAGUCACCUACACGAACUGGAACGACGGGGAGCCCAAUAAUGCUGGCUCUGGGGAAGAUUGUACAGUGCUCCUAAGAAAUGGCAGGUGGAAUGAUGCUCCCUGUUCCUCCUCCUUUUUGGCAGUCUGCGAGUUCCCUGUCUGAAGGAACAUGCCUCCCUUUACUACAGCCCACAGGCCCACAGUGUGCUUGGGAAGAUAAAUUCUAUCAAUGAUCCA